AUGAGCGCAGCGCUGGCUUUGUACGCCCGGGCAUCCACAACCUCGAGCCUGACUCCCUACGAGUACUGCUCUGGGAAAGACUCUAUUUGCGGUGCAUUCAACGACAUAGAUCGCGACUGUGACGACGAGAACGGCGCUGCUUACUACCAAUGCAUUUGCACAUCCGGAUGGGUUCCGACGAGCAGAGCGUGUCGCUAUUGCAUGUAUGCCUUGGGCCUCACGGAGGUAGUGGCCGAUUCCCAGAACUUUACCGAAAUAUGCAGCAACGAGGGCUUCACUAUUGCCCCAAUUCCGUCAAGCGUUAUCUCUGAGCAAAUGGAGCGGAACAAGACUAUCGAGGUGCCUGAGCCGGAGCCAAAGACGGCUUCAUCCUCGACACUCACGUUCGACAUGCCUCGCAAGACCGGAUAUCAUGAGCCCGAAACAUUGACCUUUUACGGAACACCAACUGCUUCCCUCCCAGAUAUAAACCCGGCAGAAUCGAAUGACGGAGUCGGGUACCAAUUCGGUUUGAGAAAGAUUUUGGUUUUCAGCAUAGCAUUUAGUCUGGGCGUUGCUGCAUAUGUAUAG